AUGCCGUCCUUUGUCGCGCCCCGGAGCUCGCAACCCACCAUCCUCAUCGCGGGGGCCGGGAUCGGAGGCCUAACGACGGCGCUGCACCUGCACGCCGCAGGCUACACCGACAUCCACAUUUUCGAGGCGUCAUCGACGUUAUCGGCGUUGGGCGUGGGCAUCAAUGUGCAGCCGUCGGCGGCACUCAUCCUGCGCAACCUGGGCCUACAGCCGGCGCUCGACAGCACCGCCAUCCGCACAGCCGAGCUCAACUUCUACAACCGUCACGGUGACCCCAUCCUCUCCGAACCGCGCGGUGUCGACGCGGGCUACGCAGUGCCGCAGUACAGCGUGCACCGCGGCGAGUUCCAGAUGCUGCUGCUGGACGCCGUCAAGGAGCGCGUUGGCGCCGAGCGAGUCCACCUGAACCACGCCCUGGCCAGCUUCACCCAGGACGACGCGGCGGGCACCGUGACGGCGACCUUCAUCCAACGCACUCGCAGCAGCAACAGCGCUCCCCUGUCCUCGUCGUCCGUAGCGCCCGACGCCACCACCGCCACAGCAACGACAGCGGAGCCCACUCCCGCCUCGAUCCCCUCCAAGACCGGCGCCCUCCUCAUCGCCUGCGACGGCAUCAACAGCACCGCCCGCCGCCAGCUCUACCCGACCGAAGGCCCUCCCCACUUCUCCGGCCGCAUGCUCUGGCGCGGCUGCCUCGAGCUCGACGCCCCCUACCUGACCGGCCGCUCCAUGGUCUGGGCCGGCCACGCCGACCAGAAAUUCAUCGCCUACCCAAUCUCCUCCCGCAGCACCACCACCACCAACGCCGGCCGCCCCCUCGUCAACUGGAUCGCCGAGCUCCGCGUCCGCCCCGCCUCCGACCCGGACACCACCCCCCCGGCCCAAACCAACUGGAACGCCGCGGUCCCGAAAUCGCGCUUCGCCGCGCCCUUCGACUCGUGGACGUGCGGCGGCCUGCGCGUCCGGGACCUCAUCGCCAGGGCGCCCGCCGUCUACGAGUUCCCCAUGUGCGACCGCACGCCCGUCGAGCGCUGGAGCUUCGGCCGCGUCACGCUGCUCGGCGACGCCGCCCACGCCAUGUACCCCAUCGGCAGCAACGGCGCGACGCAGGCCAUCAUCGACGCCGAGACGCUGGCGCGGUGCCUCGUCGUCGUCGAGGAGAUCAGCGGUGACGGCAGCGGCGAUGCAGCAAGCGGCGAUGAUGGCGUCGUCGAGGCGCUGGCCGAGUACGAGCGCUUGCGGUUGCCGCCCACGCGCAAGAUCGUCUACGCCAACCGCGCGAACGGGCCCGACCACGUGCUGCAGCUGGCCGAGGAGCGCGCGCCCGACGGCUUCGCCGACGUGCACGACGUCAUCCCCAAGGAGGAGCUGGAGGCCAUCGGGCGCGAGUACAAGGCGGUUGCCGGCUUUGAGAUGGAGAAUGUCAAUCGGAAGGCGAGGGAGACGGAGGGCGUGGCGGAGAGGCUGGGGUUGAGGAGCCCGAAGGGGUGGGUGGUCGUGGAGGGUGAGGGGGAUGGGGAGAUAGCGGCGGCGUCGGCGGCAUGA